CAUUGGAUUGCCUGUUUGUCUUGUCCGACCUCUUCACCCUCUUUUGCACAUUCAUACGUAAUUUUGAAUCACUUCUCUGGCUCUCCAACUCUCAGUCCUUCCUUAACAACAUUUCCUCUUUCUUUGCGCGUGGUUUCCUUCUUUGCUGGUAUUACAUCGAACCGUUUGCACGCUUUACACUUCGCAGCAGCCUCCGAUACAUUCAUACCCAACAUAAUAACCCCACGUUCAUGGAAUUCGAUACUUGUACAUAAUCUAGAUCUCUUGUAGAGUCUAUACGGCGUCGCUAUGCGAUCCUAUUCUUAUCUAAUAAUUGCGCUUGCGCUUCUCCUCUGCAUCGAUUUUACGGCCGCCAUUCCACAGUCUCUCGUUGUCCGACAGGAUGAGCGCUCUUCCGAAAGACCUGAAUCUUCGACACGCCCAAGGAACGAGGCCACACGAUCUCUUUCGACUGCUACGCAAUCAGUGGAAUCCUCAGUAACUCGAUCGCAAUCUGGUCGGUCAUCCCAAACACCUAAUAGCUCUGGUGCAUCUUCAAGCAGUCCAGCCUCGUCGACAAGUGCUACACAGAGUCCGACACCAACUGUUCUUGAGAAUUCGUCGCCAACAAGCACUGAAGACCCGCAACCCAAAGACCCACUUCCUAUUCAUCCGAAGAUCACUCCAGCGUUAGGAAUUGCAGGAGUCAUCUUAUUACUUUCAGGCAUUGCAUAUACAAUCAUCGGUAUCAAAAAUAAAUGGCUAUACGUCUUCGCAUCAGCGGCAUAUUUAUCCAGUCUGGCUGUAACAGUCCUCAUCAUCUACUUGAUGACCCCCCCGGUAUCGAAUGCCAUCCAGGGUGGUUUCUUCGUUGCAGCCUUUUUCACCGGAAUACUGUUUGGCGGGCUAUCCUUGAUCUUCCCUGAUAUGACCGAAGGGCUGGGAUGCCUGCUCGGCGGAUUCUGUCUGAGCAUGUGGUUCUUGACGGUAAAGGAAAAUGGUCUGAUCACAUCUCAGACCGGUCGCUCCAUCUUCAUCGGUGUCAUGAGCGCAGCGGGCUUUUCCUUGUCGUUUAGUCAUUAUACCCGCCAGUAUGGGCUCAUCGUUUGUAUCUCAUUCGCCGGAGCAACGAUCACCAUGCUUGGGGUCGACUGUCUCAGUCAAGCAGGCUGGAAGGAGUUCUGGCUUUACCUUUGGAAUCUCAACAAGGACACUUUCCCGUUAGAAACAAAUACUUACCCCCUGACCAGAGGAAUUCGCGCUGAACUCGCUGGGGUCGUCAUUAUCACUCUACUAGGAAUCGUCUCCCAAAUGAGACUAUGGAAAGUGGUUCGACAACAUCGCGAAAAGAGCGCUAAGAAACGCUUCGACAAGGAGCGUGAGUCGCGCCGACAGCAGGAAGAAGAGGUGGGUCGCAACGUUCAAGAAAGCUCCCCUCGGAGCCAGCAAACUCCAUGGAAUCCGUACGGCGUUGAGAGGAAGAAUCCGCAAGACUCCGUCAUGGGCUCAUCGUCGAAUGGGAGUAUCAGAAAACGUUCGGCCAGUGUUCGGGAGCAGGAACUAUCUGGAUCGGAGAUGGUAGACAUGGAGCCUCUGCCGCGAAAGCAGAUCAACAAUGGGGUGGGAAGGGGCAUGUCGACAUACGGAUCCAAGGACACGCCAACCAGCACGACGGUCACUGUCUCGGUUCUUCGUGAUGAUGAUGGCAUACAGGCUAUCGAUGCCCAAGGACGACCCAUCUCGAGCAGAAUGCCGACUUCAGAGACGGGUUUCAACGGGUCCGGUACCUCUGCAAAUAGCUCCAGUCCAUCGAUUGAACUUCCUGGUAAAGAGCGGGCCCAACUUCGAGCUUCCGUUCCCCCUCCGCCUGUAGUCAUUCCUCUGCCAUUCAGCGUCCCAGAAGGGGAUGUGCAAAGCAUAGAUGGCGAUAAUUCCUCAGUGUCCGCCGAGCCAGAAUCCGUGCAUGGCUCGGCAACUGGUCGAAGCAGGUUCUCUAAGCGGCUAUCUGGCGGGUCGAUACUCAAAAGGCUAUCGACGAUCACUGCGGAGGUGAACGACGGAGAGGCGCUGAUCGUCCCGCAUAUCGAGGAUGAUCGCGCUUCGUCUGUUGCAGCGACUCUGGACGAUGACGUACUUUCGCUACCUGACCUCAGCCCACCGCAGUCUCCGACUGGCUUCGUGGAGGAAAAAGAUCAAAUUGCAGAUGUGGAUACUCCCGGAGAGCAUGAGAGAUCGGUAAAUGGUCAUGAUGAUGCUGUUCAGUCGAAACGGUCGUCUGCGCAACAGGAGCGUCAACAUUCCGAAGGUCAGGUUUCACCUACUGUUGAUGGGCCCAGCUCCGAAACAGAAGUACAUUUAAAGACCGAGGCCCCAUACGCCGCGGUUGCAAGCAAAGAGAAUACAGACGAGACAACUCCAUCAAAAAAUACCGUCCGACAAUCUCUUACCGUGAGCACCGACCCGAAAGUUGAACAAGACACAUCAAAAUCAACCUCGCCCCUCGGUCCCAGGUCGCCCACAAAUUCCACCGGAUCCGAUUCUGCAAAGGACUCAGCUCCCGUUCAGCAAGCCAAAUCUGUCCAAUCCAAAACACCCUCACUCAAGUCGCAGCCCGUACAGCUGUCCAAAGACGUUCUACCAGAAAGGCUUUCCCGAGUCGCCCUCUCAUAUCGCACAAACGAAUGGGCAAAGCAUCUCGCCCUUGCUGAUCAUCCCGAGCUUGAGACACUUUCUGACGUCGAAGCAUCGACCAAGGAAGAAUCAGUGGAGAAGCCUGUUCCAGUAUCUGACGAAAUUGCCGGUAUCGAACCAGCCGUAUCUAAGAGAACAUCGAAGCGCGUCUCCAGUGACAGCAGUGUAUAUCGACCAGGCCUUGGUCGCGCCGAGUCAAGCGCGUCAAGAAUCCAAGUACAAUACGCAAACAACAACAUGCCUUCCCUCUCGCGAAACCCGUCGGCGAUAAGUCCUGGAGGACGCAUGCUGUCACGCAACAACUCCUCGUCCACGCAACAAACCGAUUUCCGAAGCGCCUCGAGUCCUUACCUGGUGCCUUCGCCGGACCCGACUGCGCCAGAUCGAUUCAACGUUGUCCCCUCGCCAUCUCCUGCCCCCGGGACACUCAUGAGCAAGCGUGAAAGCUUGAUCAAGAACCGCUUCUCCUCUCAAUCGUUCCAGAACCCAGCAUCCCCGAUCUCACCAGGUCUGAGCGUGGGCGUCGCACCGGCCGACAUGACCCUCGCCCAACGCAAACAAUUAAUACAGCAGCAGCAGCAACAGCAACAACAGCAAGUCAACGCCCCACACCGCAGGCCGCCCUCCACGUCCCAGAAAUGGGCGCAAAACACCCGCCUCAGCAUGCAAGACAACGAGCAAAUGGGCGGCUUCAACUCGCACCAACCCGUCCGCCGUGCCUCGGGCAACGGCGUCGACCAAAGCAGACGCGAAGACAUGCUUGCCAACUGGCGGGAAUCAAUCCGGCAGCAACACAUCACCAACACCACCAACAGCGGCGCCGCCACCCCGGUCAUGGCGGCGGGGCCCGCGAUCUCAGAGGCCCAGAUGAUGGCGCUGAUGAACGAGCAGCGCGCGCUCGCGCUCAGGGAGCAGCAGGAGGCGGUCGCGGCGCAGCAGCUGCAGAGCCAGCGGCAGAACAUGAUGAGGACGGGCACGAUGCUGGAUGCGCACCGCGAGGCGAUGAGGAAGAUGCAGGCGGCGGCGAAUAGGAGUGCGUCGUAGGCGGUUUCGAGGGUUGGGGAUUGCACGUCUUGGUUUAUGAUUUGGUUUAUUUGGCUCGGGUAUGGUUUUUGGUUCGGUUCAUUGUGGAAAGGAAAAAAAAGGAAAUGGUAUUGGGGGAAUCAUAUCCACUGGGUUUGGAGAAGAGGAAACGGAAUGGGUUUUGGUCUUUUCCACGCUACAAGGAGAGUAAAUGUCACAUCUGACUAGUCUAGUCUACGUUUUCUGUUCAGCUCGUAAGCUUUAAGGUUCAAUUGAAUGACACUACUGUACGCAUAUA